AUGAAUCUAUCAGGUAAUACAAACCAACCCACAAGUAUGUUUACUGGUUCUGAUGGUAAUACAAGUAGCAACAUGAGUGUAGCAAAUACUGCCGCAAGAAAAAGAAAGUUUGCUUGCGUAGAAUGCAGACAACAGAAGUCAAAGUGUGAUGCACAUGAACGUGCUCCUGAACCAUGUAGUAAAUGUGCCAAGAAAGGUGUUCCUUGUGUUCUUAAAAAGGAUUUUAGAAGAACUUAUAAGCGUGCCAGAAACGAAGCCAUCGAAGAAAAAUUCAGAGAGUUAACCAAAAAUCUGGUUAAUUUAACUUCAUCUGAUGAAAUUUUGAAGAAAAUAGAGGAAGAGAAACAAAAAAUAUUGGACAGCAACAAUUUCACCAAGGAUAAAGUUAAAAAACAAUGGAGAAAGAAUGGCUCAAAGAAUCAUGUCUCACCAAUGUCUCCAUAUUCAUCGACACCAUCACAAUCUUUGUCUCCUUCAGUAAGAAAUAUCCCAGUACAUAACUUCGAUUAUGUACAUGGUAUGACAGAGGAACAGUUGCAAUGCACACCAAAAUCUCUUGGUGAUGUCUAUGUGUCAAGUGAAGAUAUUGCAAAACUUUUCCAAGAGUUUGCUACAAAAUACCAAGUAUUCUUACCAGUAGUGGACUUAACAAAGGGGGCAGAAAGAAUAUAUUCUUUGUCACCAUGCUUAUUUUGGGUUAUUUUAUUAAUUGGUUUAAGGAGAGAUCGUAGCCAAAUAAAAUUAAUGACGAGACUAUCCGUCUUAGUGAAAUCGGUCUUGGCCGAAAUAAUGAUCUCUCCAAUCAUUAGAUAUACUCCUUCGGAUAAAGAUGAGCCAUUAUUAAAUGUAGCUUCAGUGUACUCCGUUCAAGCCUUUUUAUUGUACACAUUUUGGCCUCCAUUAAGUUCAUCUUUGAGUGCUGACACUUCAUGGAAUACUAUCGGUACUGCUAUGUUCCAAGCAGUACGGGUUGGCCUGAACUCUGCUGAUUUUUCAAAAGAAUAUGCAACAGCAAAUUCAGAAUUAGUCAAUGAACAAAGAAGGACAUGGAUUUGUUGUAAUAUUGUUUCCCAAAUCAUUGCCUCUUCUUUCGGAUUUCCGGCAUAUAUAUCCUUUGACCAUGCUGUUAUGAAUUCUGUGAAAAAUAUAAAUAACAAUAAUAAUAUUCCACAUGAACUGAAUCAAAUGAUACAGAUCGCUCACUUUCAGAAUCAAAUAACAAAGACACUCAAUUCAAAUUCUUCUAAUAAAUUAGGACAACUUAGCCGGCACGAGAAACAAUCUCUGUUAUCAGUUUUAAAUCAGCAAUUAUCAAAAUUAGAGGUAAAUCUGGAAGAAUCAUCAUAUUUUGAUGGAAUUAGGAAGUUAGUUCUCUUAGUUUCGAAGGUAAACUUGUUAUCAAAUUAUUUCUUUGGCAGCCAAUCUAGUGAGAAGGAUGGCUCAGUUGAUUUUGAAACAAGUAGUGGCUUGGUAAAACUAUACGGUGCUACAAUUCAUCUACUUAAUCAUGCUUAUGCAAUGUAUCAACAUGACAAUAACAUUAUAAAAUACUUUCCAGGCGUCUUUGUUUUGAAUAUAUGGCAAUGUGCAUGCAUUAUCAGUAAAUUGGUCCAUUCUUCCUUAUCAUCCAUGCUGAAUGUUGAAGAUGGUAGGAUUGCUUAUCAAAAUGCAAUUCUCUUAACGUACAAAGCGUCAGUUCUCAAACAUGAUAUGGCCUAUAGAUCCUCUGGUAUUAUGAGAAGUAUCUGGUCCCUUUUCAACAACAUGUAUCAGGACUGGAAGAAAGUAAAUAGAGAGGUCGAUGAGAAUUUCAACCUAGACAUAACUGUGCAAUCAAGAAUGUCCGUUAGUGUAUUUUUUGACUGCCUUUAUAUUUUGAAGGAAAAGUCUGGUAUGGCGAAAUUGAAGAGGGAAAAUGGACACCAUGAGAACAAUACUAGCAAUCUAUUAGGGGUAGAACAGAAUAAUAACAGUAGCAAUGAUGAAGAUGACGAUGGUAACAAUUCUAAUACUAGAAAUGCUCUUGUUGACGAAGAACAUCCUGAGCAGAAGGCAAGAAGGAUUAUUCAAACAAUUCCUUUAGAUCCCGAUCCAAUAAGUGCAGGGACUGUAACUUCAAAUUCAAGUAAAUUUUCUUCUCCUCAAACCUUCGAUUCUCACAAUGAGAAUUUUUCUCAUUUGAGCAAAUUACACCAUGAUCAAGCAAAUAGUGAGGGCGAUACUACGACUACUCCAAGUGUUAUAGCUCCUUUGUCAAUUGAUCAAUUAAACAACAGUAUGCCAGGACAAGGGCAAAUACCAAGCUUUGAUUCCAUUGGUAACCAAAUCCUUACUUAUGUUCCACCCAUUAAACAUGAUGCUGAGGAUUUCCAUUCUGAUGCUGUGGCAAAUUCAGCAAGUCCAAUGUCGGAUAGACAGGGCAGAAACUCAAAAGAGUCACCAAAUUCUAUAAUGGUAAAUUGGGAUAACUGGGAAUCUGAUAUGGUUUGGAAGGACGUUGAUAUUUUGAUGAACGAAUUUGCAUUUAAUCCGACAUUAUAG